AUGGCAGCUCUAAACGGAGUGGCCCUGGUAACCGGUGCUGGGUCUGGUAUCGGUCGCCAGCUCUGUAUCGCAUAUGCAAGAGCAGGAUGUGUGGCGAUCGCUCUAGCUGAUAUGGACGUUAACGGAAUUCAAGAAACCAUAUCCUUAAUUAAAAGUUAUGGUUUUGCUUUACAACUACUCGCUCUAGAGGUGGACGUGACCAACAUAGCAUCGGUCAAGAAUAUGGUAUCGGAGACUGUCAAGGCUUUUAGUAGGAUUGACUAUGCUGCCAACGUCGCCGGAGUCACAACCACUGCCAGAUUACCAACAGCUCAAUAUCCCAUCGAUGAAUACGACAAACUGUUAAAUGUGAACACUAAAGGUGUGCUACUUUGCAUGCAAGAAGAAUUACAGGCUAUGCAGAAGCAAACCCCGACGGUCACACCGGGCGUCGAUGACAACCCUCUCCGACAGCAACGAGGCAGUAUCAUCAACGUCGCAUCCGUCACUGGGUUUGCUGCCCUUCAGAAUAUGAUGCCUUAUAAUGUGUCAAAGCAUGCUGUUAUCGGCGUCACCAAGUCCGCGGCGAUCGAUCAUUCCCGCGAUCAGAUCCGUAUCAACGCCGUCUGCCCCGGUAUGACGGAUACACCUAUGGUUGGAGCUCGGAAUACGUUGACAAAGAAUGGCAAGGCCAGCAAUUGGGCAGUGGAUGGAAAUGGACUACAGAGGUUGGCACUGCCGGAGGAAAUUGCUGAUGUUUGUGUAUUUUUGAGCGGGUGUGGCGCGAGUUAUAUUUCAGGAUCUUCCAUUGUGGUCGAUGCUGGGCAUCUAGCCGCGUUGAGUGGUGGUAUUGAGAGAUAA